GCUGCGGCUCAGUGAGGAUGGACGGACAGUAAAGAGGAAUAAUUUUUUAACAAACAUAUCAGUUAGUGGUGUUGCAGCAGAAGGAUGCCGCUGGUGAAGCGCACCAUCGAGCCCAGGCACCUGUGCCACACGGUGCUGCCGAGGAACAUCAAGAAUGAGCUGGAGUGUGUGACUAACAUCUCCUUGGCCAACGUCAUCCGCCAGCUCAGCAGCCUGAGUAAAUAUGCAGAAGACCUGUUCGGAGAGCUGUUCAAUGAGGCCCACUCCUUCUCCUUCCGGGUCAACUCCCUGCAGGAGCGCGUGGACCGCCUUUCCAUCAGUGUCACACAGCUCGACCCCAAAGAGGAGGAAUUGUCUCUUCAGGAUAUCACCAUGAGAAAGGCGUUCAGGAGUUCCACCAUUCAGGACCAGCAGCUUUUUGACCGCACGUCGCUGCCCAUCCCUCUGCAGGAGACCUUCGAGACCUGCGAGAGGCCGCCACCCCUCAACAUCCUCUCGUCCUACAGGGACGACGGGAAGGAGGGCCUGAAGUUCUACACCAAUCCAUCCUACUUCUUCGACCUGUGGAGAGAAAAGAUGCUGCAGGACACUGAGGACAAGAGGAAGGAGAGGAGGAAACAGAAGUUGCAGGAUCCCCGCAUGUAUGAUCAGGUCUACAGGUACCUAGACCUUCCAGGGCAGAUGAAGGCAAUAGAGCGUCCGCCAGAGUCGGAGAAGAUACCGCGGGCGCCGCACGACCGUAAAAAGGAGUGGCAGAAACUGGCUCUGGGUGCGGAGCUGGCACAGGACCUCCCUGAAGACAAGCACAGAGAGGCCAACGGAUCUGCAGGUUACCAUAACAACAGGGAUCCUAUGUACAUGGAGGAAAUGGACGGGCACUUUUCGCUGGCGGCGCUGCCCUACACCCAGAUGAACGAGCUGCUGAACCGCACCGGGGACAGAAUGUAUUCGCGGCCCCACGACCCGCCACCACCUCCUCCCAUGCACCCACUGGGAGAGAUCAAGCCACCAUCUGUCAUCAGCUCCAGUUCGGGUUUUUCCGACAGCAGACCUCAGUCUCCGGCACGAACAGCAGGAUUCAACUCCAACACUCCUCCUCCUCCGCCUCCACCUCUUCCCCCUCCGCCUCCGCCCUUACCCUCCUCAGGCAUGCGGGGCACCCCUCCUCCUCCCAUUCCUCCUCUACCAGUCCAGCAGCCCAUGGCCAUCCCACCUGCCCCUGCUCCCCUCCAGAUUGCUCCGGGGGUGCUCCACCCGGCGCCUCCGCCCGUGGCGCCUCCACUCCACUCCUCCUCCCCGGCUCGUCUCCAGCAGGUCCUGGACAAGGGCCCACCCAUGAGCUUUGGUACCCAUGGGGCCGGCAACAUCCUGCCUCCUCCCCCACCGCCUCCCCCUCUGCCUCUCCCCGGAGCGCGGAGCUCCUCGCCCGGUAUGUCAGGCCCGCCACCGCUGCCGGCCUUCCCCUCAGCAGGAGCCAUGGCCUCACCCCACAACCUCCACGAUUUGGGGUCCAAGAGGCACCAUCCAGCCAGUCUACCGCCCAUCAGCGAUGCUCGCAGUGUCCUGUUGGAGGCCAUCAGAAAAGGCAUACAUCUGCGAAAAGUGGAGGAGCAGCGAGAGCAAGAGGCGGCUAAACACGAGCGAGUCGGCAACGACGUGGCCACCAUCCUGUCCCGGCGCAUCGCUGUGGAGUACUCCGACUCCGAGGACGAGUCCGAGUUUGACGAAGGAGACUGGAUGGAGUGAUGGCCGUCAGAGAGCUGGGGGAAAAAAUAGAAAGCAGCGGUGGCAGGAGAGGACAAAAUUGUUCAGGUGCACCCACCUCCAUAUACCCUGCCCCCCCCACACCUCGCCAUCAGAGUCCUUACCACUCCGGAGAGAAGAGGAACGUCGUUGUUGCCCCAUUUAUCCCCUGUCGAAGUUUUUUAUCUCGUCAUAUCUCUCGUCUCGUUGUGGAUUGUGUUUGGAGGACAGUCUCCACAUCGCCCUCGUCCGUCUUCUCGUGUUCCAAGAGAGAUUCUUUUGCAUUCAUUCUUUUCUGCACUACAGGACCUUUUUUCAGCUGGAUUUCUCCUGAUGAAAUCCCCCACGUUUACUAUUGUUAUACAUGAAAAUGACUUUUUUCUUUGAAGAACCACUUGUUUUUAAUUUCUUAUCUGUACAUCGAUAUAAAAAAAGAUGAAAAAAAAAAAUGAAGGCAAGUUCUCCGGUACAGUUUUGUCGCCUGGUGGCUGACCACGGCAUUGAAUGACUUCUGUUUUAGCUUCUUUUAUUUACCUUUUCCUGCUGAAACGUUUGCAGUUUUAAUAGGCCAGUAGUUUGCAGAACACAAGCUGGGUUGUCUUUUGUUUUCUCUUGUUAUCAGGACUGGUUUUACUACAAAGAACAAGCAAAAGAUUGUGCUGGUAUGUCAAAGGUCAUAGAAGGAUUGUUGUACGGUUGAAAAUGAAGGGGAAGUAAAUAGACGUCUUCGGCAACGUGUGUGCAUUUCCAUCCACUUACAUCGAAAACAUUACCCCAGGGAAAUAAAUGCCAAGAGAUUGAGCUUUUCUUUUUUGUGUCUGUCCAGGUUAUAAGGAGCCAUGUAUGCUCAUGUUGACAAAAAGCAAUGUCUAUGACAAACACUGAGCCAUCAGUUUGAAGGAAAAGGAGCCUCAGCUCCUUCUCUUGCGAUAUUAGCCACAGAUACGGACACUGGAAGUGAUGAGACGCUGUAGUUGUACAUCAGAGUUCCUGCCUCUCUUAUUGUUCCAGGUGAAUAUUCAGCGUGCAGAGGAAAGGUACCCGCCAACCACUCGAUACCACCAAAGGCAGCUCUUUCCUCAGAUCCCCCCUUUACUGUGGACCCGCCCACUAUCGAGAAGCCUUACCUCGUUCAGUCCCACAGCAGCAACUGUUUUUCCGAAGAAGAAAUUAGGGCACGCUCGCUCCCCCUUCAGGCCUAAAAGGAGGAGGACACGUCAUGCCUUGUUGUGGCUCAUUUCAAAGCAAAUGUCUGCCAUCUUUUUUUUUCCGUUUCGUUCGUUCGUUCUUUCUUCUACUUGCCUUAUUGUUCGUACAAAACGUAUCGUUGAGUUGAUGAAUGUAUUGUGCUGUUACUACUUACUUGCCUGCGCUUGUAUGGAUUUGCUGUUUCUAUGUUUG